CCUGCACCCGAAAUGCAACAGCAGAUCUGGCCAUUGCGUGCCAGUGCCCUCUGAUCUGGCUGCCGUGUGAGUGAUCUCAAUCUCAUGCUUGCUGAUCUGAAUCCCGACAUCACCUCGGCAUGGAUGCUCCUCUGCGAUGUCAGAACCAUCGGCAGGGCCAUGGGGACGUGCACAACACUAGCGGCCUCCCUCCUCCCCAUCCCACAGCUGAUGCGGCGCGACUUCCCUUCUUUCUCGGCACUAUGCACCCACAUAGCGCAGCAGCAGCAGCAGCAGGAUGGCGGCAAUGAAGAUGACGUGAGCGCCUUCCCCCGCACAGACAGGGCGAGCAUCACGCGGCUGUACAAGCGCUUCUGUGCCACCCCAGCGCAGCGGCUGGCUCGGCGUGAUCUUACACCGAUGGACGAGCCGACGACGCGGGCUUCCUCCGUGUACCUCUUGUGCGACGUUUCGACGGAUGUGGGGCUCCUCCUGUCGCAGUGGCGUCGGCUGGAUGAGCUCACUCGGGACCUAUCCUUGUUCAAGGUCUCCUUCAGCGGACCUGCUGCCGUGAUGACCCCCAGGGCAGCCGCACUUCUCGAGAGGGGGUUUGCCGGCCUGCCGUCCAGAAGCCCUCACGUGUGUAUCCGCGCGGUGUGUCCCUUGACCAGCACCUUUGCUGUGCUGUUCCGCCAGCCUCUGCUGCUGCACACUCCGCCCGAUGCGACGCUUCACGAGCAGCAACAAGAGCGAGAGAGGGGGGAUGGCGAUUCGGCCGCGUGUGAGAGCGAGUGGCGGUUCGAAGGCAGUUUCGAGGAGAAUCCGACUUUUUAUUCUGCAUGGGGGUUGGUGAGGCAAGUGAGGGCCGACGUGAGGCUCGUCGACGGUGCCGGUGGUGGUGCUGGUUCUGGUGGUGGCGGCGGCGGAGUGCGCGUGGCGUGUGACGUGUCUAUGGUGAUCGAGGAGGCUUACCAGGGGAACGUGCUGCCGAUGCGGAGCGCACUGCAGGUCUUCGACUCACUCCUGUGGAACGACCUCUACCAGUAGACCGACCGAGUGGCAAUCAGUGCUGAGCGCAUUCACGCGACUGCGACUGAUCGAUGUCUGUGUGUAUUUGUCG